AUGUCAAAUUACCUUAAUUUAUAUCAACAAGUUAUUAAUAAGAAUAGUGAUGUGUUAAAAGAACUUAAUAAAAAAGAAGUACUUGAAGAGUUAAAAAAGAGUAAGUUUUAUGAUAGACUGAUUUUUUUUGGUUGUGAAACAAACAAUAAAGAACUUGUAGAAUUAUUAUUAAAUUAUAGUCCUUCAAAAUUAACUUGUCAGGACAUACAUGGGAGAACUCCAUUAAUGAGUUGUUUACUAAAUCAAAGUUUAGAUGUAAUUGUGUUGUUAUUAUCUGUUGGAGAUUGUAGGUUAGAUAUUGUUGACUCUUUUGAAAAUAAUAUACUUCAUUAUCUUUCAUGUUGUAAAGUUGAUGACUUAAUAGAGUUAUUAAGUAAGAGAGUAAUUGAAGAAUAUCCCUUAUUUAUUAAAAGAAAAAAUGCAUUAGGAGAAAGUCCUCUUCAUCUAUCAAUUGAGAAAGGAAAUAUUAAAUUUGCACAAUUAUUACUCGAUAAUGGAGCUCCAUUAAAUCAAACUACAAAUGAUAACCAACACCUUCUAGAUUAUGCUCUUUAUUGUACUACCAAUCAAAUAGAAACGAUUCAAUUUGUUAAGGCAAAAAUAAAAGAAAAAGAAGUAGAACAGAAAAAAAUUAUUCUUUCAUCAAAAUCUGAAGAGUGUCAAAUUAAAACUGAUUCUCCUAUAAUUACUCAACAAAACAUUUCUGAAAAAACUAAUGGAAACAAUAUUGAUAAUACUACUGAAAGAUCUCCAUCCAGUGUAGAAGUUAUUGACAAAGGUGAUGUCCAACAAGUAAAAGAAAAUACUAAUAAUACUUAUUAUUCUUCCUUAUUAAGUAGCUUUUUUAAAAAGAAAGAAGUUGUAAAAACAUUGACAAAAGAAGAAGAAUAUCAAAUAUUAUUAGAAAGUAUUAAAAUUAAUGAUAAAAUGCAUAACUCUAUUGACUCUUUUAAUAGAAAAAAGAAAUUUAGAAUGAUUUCUAUUGAUGGAGGAGGAAUUAAAUGCAUUCUUCAAGCAAUUAUUUUUUCAAGACUUGUAGAAAAAUUUCCAACAUUACUAGAAGAAGUAAAUUUAUUUUGUGGGGUAUCAGCAUCAAGUUUCAUUUGUGCUGAUUUGGCUCUUGGAAUUCAUCCAAAAGACAUUAAAAAAUUGAUGAUUGAAAUGUGUAAGCACAGUUUUGAAAAGAAAUCACGAGGAUACAUGGAGUCAAUGUAUUCUAAUAAAUAUCUUAUUAAAGUUGCUCAAAUGACUUAUGGAGAAAAAAAAUUAAGUGAUAUCCAACGUUAUAUUUUAAUCAAUGCUUUUCAAUUUGAUUCUGGAGAAAAUGACCCAAAUAGAUGUUGUAAGGCUUGUGUUUUCAAUAAUUUUAUUCCAGGAUAUGAUUGUAAAAUUAGUGAUGCGUGCUUACGUUCAGCAGCUGCUGUUGGUUAUUAUCCACCAUAUCAAGGAUAUGCUGAUGGUGGAAUUUUUGAAAAUAACCCAUGCGUUUGUGCUUUUCCCUAUAUGUUUGGGGAAAGAGGGCUUGGAAUAGAUAUAGAUAAUACUGUAUGCCUUUCAAUUUCAUCAGGAAGACCACCAAUUAAUUAUAUGGAUAGUAAUAAAUAUACUGAUGUUGGACUAUUGCAACUUUUACCAUUAUGUAUUGAUGGCUUCUUGUGGAGUAGAAAGUCUAUGGCAGAUGAUGUUGCAAAAGGGUUUUUAGGAGAACGGUAUAUGAGAUUUGAUCCAAUAUUACCAAACAAUCUUGAUUUGGACUGUAACAACCAAGUUGAUAAAUUAAUAGAGUUAGCUAAUAAUGUAGAUAUUACUUCAAUAGAAGAAUGGAUUCUUAAAUAUUGGUUGUAA